UGUCGGUGAAGGGUGUUGUGCCGCGGACGGAGCUCGCCGCGGGUGAUGUGGAGCAGCUGCUGCCGUUGAGGAGAACAAUACUCACGCGUUCCGUUGUCUUCGCCACCGGAGGGACCGUUCGGUUGGAUGACAGCUGGGGAGUCUCGUGCUACCUAAGUGCGCGCUUGGUUUGGCUGAUGCUGCAGUAGCCUAGCAUAACAACAGCUAGCUAACUCGACUCGGGCUGUGUUGCGUUGACUCGCAACGCAAUUUAAAAAAAUCCAAGGAGGCUGAAAACAAACAUGACCCUGUACGGCGGUAUCCGGUCCUGGUCCCUCGGAUUACUACUCGUUGUGCUAUCGGCUGUCACCUUGCACCAAAGUGUAGCUGCAGAUGCUCCGCCCACCGGUGCCCCCUCAACCUCUGCCCCACCUCACAAGGCUCCGGGUAGACCAGAAAGAGGCAACUACACCGUCAACAACAACGGGACUAUCUGUCUGAUGGCACGCAUGGGCCUACAGCUCAACAUCUCCUUCAACUCGGCCUCUCAGAAUAAGACUGUCCUGGAUGUUGUGAAUCUUCAGCCCAACGUUACUAAAAGCACCGGAUCCUGUGACACAGACAAAGCCUCCCUGCUGCUGACCGUAGAUGGCGACAAGACCAACCUCACCUUUUCCUUCUUACUGAACUCUACAUCCGACAAGUACCACCUGAGUGGCGUAUCUCUGUCAGCACUCUGGCCAGACAUGAGCAAGCCCUUCUUAGCCGAGAACAACAGUCUGGAAUACCUGCACGGCACCCUGGGUCGCUCAUACAUGUGUCGUGAGGAACAGACCCUGGAUGUGGUUGAGAGUUUGUCCAUCAACACCUUCCAGCUGCAGGUGCAGCCGUUCGGCCUCACCGGAGAUCAGUUUGGAGCAGCUGAGGAAUGUCAGCUAGAUGAAGAUGACAUGUUGAUCCCCAUCAUAGUAGGAGCAGCUUUGGCUGGCCUGGUCCUCAUCGUGCUGGUGGCGUACCUCAUCGGCAGGAAGAGGAGCCAUGCCGGCUACCAGACCAUCUGAGGUGGUUUGUCAGAUGGCCACCAGAUGCCAGAGAGCGUUAUCCCACCCAUGCAAUUAACCACUAUUUUACAAGACUGACACACUCCCCCACGCCUCCCAAUCCCUCAGUCCUGCCCCCUAAUCACAAAAAUCCUUUUUGCUGCCACCCCCCACCCCCACCCCUUUCUUCCUUUGCCUUUAUCAUGAACGCUCUCAAAAGUUAAAUACUACCUUGUGGAGUUUUUUUUGAGGUUGACAUGCGCUUUCUGGAUUGAACUGCUCUUUUGUAUGAAUGACUUGGAGGGAUUGUUGUGGAGAGAGGAAAAAGCACCAUGUAAAGCAGAGAUUGGAUAUUGGCUGGCGUACUGAUAAAACCUAUAGGUCACAUGCUCCAUAAUCUUCGCUUGCUCUGCAGUGUGUUAAGAGCCUUGAAUCAUGUGUUCUAUUUAUUGAUUUCUGACAAGGGAAAUGAGGGAUUGUCCAAGAAUUGUCACUGUAGCUGUUUUUAUCCUUUUUUUUUUUGCCAUUUUAGUGGUCUUUUCAUAAAGGAGCUGUUGUUACUUCAGUGUAAAGGGAAUGUGCUUAGUGUGCUGCUCAACUCAGCCCCCCCUGAGACAGUAAAGCUGUCAAACCUUAUUGACGUCUUAUAAUUCAACUCUACGUGUAGGCUGAGUGCAGGGAGCUGCAGGGAAGCAUACCACAGCAAUCGCCGAGCACUGACCCUCAGCCGCUAUCAAGUAGGUGGGAGCAGUCCCUGUAGUACUUCAGACGGAUUUGGAUGUUUGUUUUUUUUUCCCCAGUGGGAAUAGUGAUACCGUGCUUUUCCCUCAGAAAUGGCCUUCAGGUUUUGGCCUCUCUGUAGACUGAAAUGUCAAAUUAAAAAAUAUCGAUGUGAUUUACCCCCGCAGACCAGUUGAGCUGAACUGAACUAUUGGUGUUUUGCCCGUCACACUGUUGCAUACUGCUGAGGCCAUAGAAACACAUUUGGGAGUUGUUGGUAGAAACUAAAAACCACAUUGCUGUCGGUUCGUAAAAUUGCUCUGGAUGUCAUCGCAACGGAGUGAACGUUCCCAGUGUUCCCCCCCGUCUGCUGUGAUCUUCCUUCCAGAAGUAACGUAAUGAAUUACUUUUAUUCCAGUUCACUGGGUGGUUUGAAUCCACUUGGGAUUUUCACUACAUAAGGGAAAAGGGUACGGACAGAUUAAGAUUGAGGUCCAUUUAAACUAUUUUAGAAGGCUGAAAUGCCUGGGCCAGUUUGCAUCUGUGCCUUCUCAGCCGUGACAUGGAUGGGAUUUUUAUGUAUAUAUAUUCACCCUUUGACGCUGUGCGUGCUGCCAUGUUGGGGACAUUAUCUUUGUUUUGUCUCACUUAGCCAAUCGGUACUGUGGUAAUUAUGUUAACAUGUAUUGUUUUCAAGCGAAAGGGGAAAGCAAAAAAAAAAAAAAAAAAAAGAAAGUUAACCAUUUCUCCCUCAUCUAGAAUUGUUAAUACUCUCAUAGCGAAUUGAUAGUGUUUUAAUGGAAUGUUUGAAUUGUUUUCUAAAGGAAAGGUCAAUAAAAGUUGAAGAACUA